UUCUGGCUUUAAAACUUGAAGCCAGUGUGUAAAAUAAUGUGAAUAUUCCUCCUUCAAAAGAUGUUAAAUGAUUUGUUUGUGUGGGGCGAGAAAAAGUUCAUUUGGAGAACAUGGAGGAUGAACAUAACAUCAGUGACCAAAAUAAUUACAGGAAAUAAAGUUUGUUUUCAAGAGUAGUCAUUUUGUCAAAUAUCUGUACAUGGACUGCAGAUCUUUAUGUUUUAGGAAAUGUUACAAUUAUUAACAUAUUCUUCCUGAAGCAUAUAGAAAUUAGAUUUUCUCCGUACUUGUGUAUGAGAUUGAUUCUGGGGGCGGGGCUAAAUAUGAGCUUGUGAUGUCACUAGGAGCUGCAACUUUUGAACCAAUCACAUUCAAUCAUUUGAAGAAAAAAAAACUUUGUGUUUCGCAAUCUAGUAAGAUAGAUAGAAAUUAUUUGUAUUCCGUUACAACACAAGUACAUCACAACUGGGUUUCAUAUUUUUGGAAAUUUUUAUUUUAUUUUUUAUUACACACUACACAAGUGAUGGAAAAAAAAAUUACUCUGACCUAGCGUGAACAAAUACUUUUAUUUUGUCAGUCAGUAAUGAGGAAGUAAAAUGGUUUAGUCCGUGUAAUCGAUAGAUGAUCUGUAGAUGCUGCCACCACAAAUGGGACAUGUCUCAAUCGAUACUGAAAUCACUGUAGUGGACUAAUGGGAUUUUUGGAGCAACGUCUGAAAGUGUGUAGUGCAGUGAAUAGGGCGUGUGGUUUGGGACACGCCCACAUUGGCUUGAUUAUGGUGUCUAGGUGCACUAUAUAGUGAAUAAGGUGUGUGGUUAGGGACACGCCCACAGUGGCGCGAUGAUGUUCGUGUGCACUACAUAGUGAAUAGGGCGUGUGGUUUGGGACACGAUCACAGUGGAGUGAUGAUGGUGUUCGUGUGCAGUAUAUAGUGAUUAGGGCAUGUGGUUUGGGGCACGCCCACAAAGGAGUGAUGUGUUUUGGUUAGUAUACCGUAUCAGAAGCCCAUUUUUUUAGUGAUGAAUAAUGUAGUGAGCACUACUGAACGAGGCGCCAUUACGAUAAUAGCGGAAAUAACCGCCAUUUAUAGAUUAGCAGGUGACUUCCGGUGAAAGAGGAAACGCCCACUGAGGCGAGAUAUGGAACUAGCAAGGAGCCAUUACUAGCUGCGGAAAUAAGCGUUUAUUCGCGUCUUUUUGUUUCAACACAGCAAACAGUUUCACACGAAAAUGUUGUUUAUCGGCGUUAUCUGAAUACCCCCGACAUUUUAAAACCGAUAAAAGAGAAUAAAAAGAGGAUGAAAGGCGGAGCGGAGAAAGCGAUGUUUUCCCAAAGUUUUCCCCACACGGAGCAGGAGGAAGAGGAGGACGCGCUGAAGGAGGAGGAGGAAGAGAAAAGCGUCUCGGCGGAUCCGUUUGUCGUCGUGAAGCUGGAAGACGAGAGAGACGGACCGGAGGCGGAAAGGAGCGAGCGGUCAUCAGGCUGCGGGUCAGCGCUGGAGAUCAGCCUAUUCGCCCCGCUCGAGUCCUCGGAGGACGGGGAGGAAGAGAGACCGCGGCCGCUCACACACACACACCCGGCCUGCUGGCCCUAUGCUCCGGGUCGGGAUGAAGACAUCGUUUCUCCUCAGAGACGCCCAAGAAGACGCAGGAAGCGGCCGAAACGCGCUCGCCCGAGACGGUGCGGUCCUCCUGCAGCUGUGUCCGGGGUUAAAAUGAUGGAGGAAACCGACGACACGGACGAGCCUCCAGACCACGCCCCUCCUGAGAAACGUGCCAGAUCCACGCUCUGGGACUUCCCCUCUCACAAGACGCCUCGUUCCGGAGUCUGGGAAUACUUUGAGUAUUUUAUAAACCCGGAAGGCGAGCUGGAAGAUUAUGGCUUCCCGACAUGUAAACUGUGUCAGCUGAAAGUGGCGUGUAAGAGAGGAAACACCUCCAACAUGCUGCGGCACCUGCAGGAACAUCACGCCUUCGCUUACCGAGAAGCCAAGAGAGCAGACGCCCUGUGGCUCGACUUGGACUCCUCUGAUUCGGACAUGAAGGUGGAGUCAGAUGAGCAGGAGCUGGCGGACGACUGGUGCGGUGUAGGGAAGAAGAGCGAAGAGGAAAACGAGGGCGAUGACGACGGUGAUGCAGAUUACAGCGACCACAGAGUCCCGGCUGCUCCGAGACGGAAGAGGCAGGUCCGAUCAGCCGUGUGGCAGUACUUUCACUACGACAAGGACAGAAGGCCGAGCUGUAAGAUCUGUGGCUGGAAACUUACUGCAGGGUCUUCAGGCAGCACGAGCAACAUGAGACAUCAUCUUCAGAGCCAGCAUCAGAUCGUGUGUCCUCUCACUAAGUCUGCCGGUCUUGUUAUAACUUUACCUGAAGGAGACGAGCCGAUUAAACUGUACCCGCCCUCGACGCCUCGCAAAUCCGCCGUGUGGAAGCUCUUCGGCUUCGUCAUGAAUAACGAGGGUGUGCUGGAAGAGAAUGGCUUCCCCAUCUGCAGGCUGUGCCACCAAGUCGUCGCGUCCAAAGAUGGAAACACGUCCAACAUGUACAGCCACCUGCAGCACCACCACCAAGCCGUGUACGCAGAGUUGAAGCACGCCAUGGCCCCUGCAGGAGCCGAGCAGAGACCGGACCCCUCAGACGCCACGGAGCUCCAUCCUCCUGUAAAGCGCAGAAACUCGCCUGUCUGGAGAUAUUUCGGAUUUAUUAAAAACUCAGAGGGUGAUUUAAAGGAGGACGGGUUCCCACUGUGCAAAAUGUGCCAUCGGAGAGUGGCGGCUAAAGAUGGAACCACGUCGAACAUGCUGAACCACCUGCGGCGCCACCACCAGGCUGAGUAUGAAGAAGUGAAGCUAGCGAAUGAAACCUUGCCUGUGAUUCGUACGGAGGAAGGAAACGACCUGCCUGAGCUGUUUCCCCCCAGCAUCCUGCCCCUGUCCCCCGUCUGGGAUUACUUCGGGUACCCGAAAAACGCAGACGGCGUGAUUGAGGAGAACGAGCGGCCCAAGUGUAAAGCCUGCCGGCAGUCCAUCGUCUCCAAGCAGGGCAUUUUAUCCAACAUGCUACGCCACCUAAAGUUCUAUCACAACUCCUUAUACGAGGAGCUGAAGUCGAGAACUGGAUGGCGCAGGUACAGGCCGUAUAAAGAGAGAAGCCGUGCCCCGCCCAUUCAGGCCAACCCGGACGAGCUGUACCCGCCCAAAAUGGCUCUGAAAUCGGGUGUCUGGAAACAUUUUGGAUAUCUGAGGAACUCCAAGGGCAUGGUCGUGCCGGACGGGUUCCCGAUCUGUAAACUGUGCCUGAGAAAGGUCAGCACGCCCAGAGGAUGUACCACCAACAUGAUGGUCCAUCUCCAGAGAUACCACUCCACCGAGUUCGCAGAAAUGAGGCUGAGCGGUGACGAUAACGAUGACCAAACCCCACGACAGACCGGAGAUCCUUACCCACUUUUCCCACCACAAGAUGUCCUUGAGCCCGUGUGGGAGCAUUUUGGAUACCCGAAGGACGCCGACGGAGUUGUCCAGGUGGACGGGCAGCCGACGUGUAAAAUCUGCCAAGUUAAAGUCUCCUGUCCAGGGGAGAGCACCAAAUUUCUGUACCGGCACCUGUGGAAGAAACACAACGCUGUGUACUUCGACAUCAAGGUGGCCACCAGGUCCUUGAGAGGAGAGGAUGGACUGGUGGCCCCGGUCCUUUUCCCACCGACUCACAGGGUCAAAUCCGCCGUCUGGGAAUAUUUCGGCUACUUGAAGGACGCGGAGGGGACGGUGGUCUGCGACGGCUUUCCUAUAUGCAAAAUCUGCUACUUAAACGUAGCGGCUAAAGGAGGAAACACCACCAACAUGUUCAAACACCUCAAAGAUCAUCAUAAGUCCAUCUACGAUGAAAUCAGGCCCGGCGUUCCUGAGGAAAUCGUUCCGGACCACGCAUCUUCAAUUCUCCAUGCUCCAGAUGGACAAAACUCCAAAUUAUGGGAAUAUUUCGGAUACCUGAAAAAUCCGGACGGCAUCCUGGUAGAAGACGGAGCUCCAGCCUGUAAGAUUUGUGGCGUGAAGGUGAUGUCGGAAGGCCAGUCCAACAUGAUGAAACACCUCCAGGAGAAUCAUGAAGGAGUGUACGCUGAAGUACAGGAAGCUCUCGAGAACCCGAGCACGGAAGGUGCACCUGAGCUUCCAGAGCUUCAUCCACCCACCCAAAACGCGUAUCCCGUUUGGGAAUAUUUUGGCUUCCUGAAGGACACAGAAGGAUCGGUGGUGUUUGACGGCUUCCCCAUCUGCAAAAUAUGCCGCCAAAGAGUGGAGUCCAAAGACGGAGACACCAGAAACAUGUUCCACCACCUGAAGGCCAACCAUCGGAACGUGUACCAGCAUAUCAAGCCAGCGGUGGAGAAAAGGGUUUAUAAGUCCUUUGAGCUCUGUCCACCGAACGGUCGGCAGAUCGACAUCAGAUUAUGGGAUCACUUCGGAUAUCCUAAAAACGCAGAGGGCGAGGUUGAAGAAGACGGAGCACCAGUGUGUAAAAUCUGCCUUCAGAAGCUCUCGACGUCCUCCAGAGGAGCAAACCUCACCACCAGCAUGCUGAGGCACCUCCGGAGGAACCAUCAGUCCGUAUACGAGGAGGUUCAGGAGGCAAUCGGAGCCUGGAGACCCGAGUGGAGUAACGAAACCCUCGAGCUUUACCCCCCGACGCAAAACGUCACGUCCUCCGUGUGGGAGCAUUUCGGAUACCUGAAAGACGCAGAGGGGUCGGUGGUGUGCGACGGCUUCCCCAUCUGCAAAAUAUGCCACCAGAAGGUGCCUUCUAAAGGAGGAAACACCACCAACAUGUUCAAACACCUCAAAGACGGUCAUCGGAGCGUCUACAACGAAAUCCGGUCCGCAGUGACUAACGAGGUGUUUGAGGAUGUUCUAUCAGCCGCCGACCUCCACCCGCCCAACAGCCCGUGUGACCCAACGCUCUGGGAGCAUUUCGGAUACCGCAAAAAUGCAGACGGAGUCAUGGAAGAGGACGGAGCGCCAUUCUGUAAACUCUGCCUUCGGAAGCUAGUGUCGAGAGGAGAGACCACGAGAAACAUGAAGCAGCACCUUAAGGAAAACCAUAACACUGUGUACACCGAACCCGAGGAAGUCCUGAGCUCGUUCGUCUUGGAGCUGGACACAGGCACGUCGGACCUUCAUCCUCCGACACGGAAGGUGAAGUCGGCCGUGUGGAAGUAUUUUGGUUACCCGAGAGACGCGGCGGGGUUGGUUCUGAGUGACGGCUUCCCUAUCUGCAAACUCUGUCAAAAGAAAGUGUCUGCUAAAGGAGGGAACACCACCAACAUGUUCACGCAUCUCCGAGAUUAUCAUCGGACCACGUACAAUGAGAUCAAGGCAACGUUUGAUCCUGUGAGGACUGAGAACGAGCUGGAACCCGUGGAGCUUCAUCUCCCGACGACGGACGCCCUGUCCCCAGUCUGGAAAUAUUUUGGAUACCCGAAAAAUGCAGACGGGUCUCUGGUGUGUGACGGCUACCCUCUGUGCAAACUGUGUCAGCUGAAAGUGACGGCUAAAGGAGGCAGCACGACAAACAUGCUCAUGCACCUGAGGGCCUACCACCUGGAUGUGUACAAGGACGUCAAGCCAGCCAUCACUAAAAAGUCCAUCUACAGACCUUUCGAUCUCUAUCCACCGAGUGGUCAAGACGACAUCAAGUUAUGGGAUCACUUCGGAUAUCAGAAAAGCGCCGAUGGAGAGCUGAAGGACGACGGAGCCCCGAUCUGUAAAAUCUGCCUUCGGAAAAUGAUCAAACCCCCGACAGGCGGGACACCGACCACCAACAUGCUGAGGCACCUUCGGAAGAAACACCAGUCGGUGUAUAACGAAGUGCAGGAAGCGAUCACCACGCUUAGAACAGCAUGGGGUAUUGAACCACCGGAGCUUCAUCCACCAACACAGAAUGUCACAUCUGCGGUCUGGCAGUAUUUCGGCUACCUCAAAGACGCCGACGGCUCAGUCGUGUGUGAUGACUUCCCCAUCUGCAAACUGUGUCAGCAGAAGGUGGCUUCCAAACGACGAUGCACUACAAACAUGUUUAAACAUCUGAAGGAUUACCACCGAGCCGUGUACGACGAGGUCCGGAGUGCAGUUACGAGCGAGACGUUCGAAGAUCUUUUCCAGCCGGCUGACCUACAUCCUCCGAGCGGCCAGUACAACCCCAAACUGUGGGAGUAUUUCGGAUAUCGCAAAGCGGCAGACGGGGACCUCGUGGAAGACGGAGCGCCGAUCUGUAAACUCUGCUUACGGAAGCUGAUCUCUAAAGGAGAAACGACGGCGAAUAUGAUGCAGCACCUUAAAGAGAACCACAACGGCAUCUACACCGACGUGCAAAGGGAAGUGAACCCGUUCACCAUUGGCGGAGCCACCGAGCUCCCAGAGCUUUAUCCACCUGAACACAGAGUCAGGUCUGGCGUCUGGAAAUAUUUUGGCUACCUGAGGGACACGGAGGGUCCGGCUGACUGCGCAGGCUUCCCUAUCUGCAAAAUCUGCCUUUCCAAAGUGUCCAAUAAGGGAAAGGUCACGGCCAAUAUGACCGCGCAUCUCAAAGAUCAUCACAGAAGCAUCUAUGAUGACCUUAAGAUACCAGACAGAAGGCCGAAAGCAGUGUUGGCUGAAAAUCUCCCGGAACUCCACCCACCAUCCAAACAGCCUCUGUCUCCAAUCUGGAAACAUUUCGGACUUCCCAAAAACGCAGAUGGAGUCAUAGAAGAGGACGGAUGCCCGAUCUGCAGAAUCUGCGGCAAAAAGGUUUCGAGCCAAGACGGAAGGAAAAUGAUAAGACAUCUGCAUUUCUGCCAUUUCUCUGUGUAUGAAGAGUUAAAGAACGCGAUUAGAGCUUCAAAGUUGGGAGUAGACGCGGGAGGCCAACCCACCGACCUUCACCCUCCGUCCAAGAGCGUCCGCUCCUCCGUCUGGGAGUAUUUCGGGUACCUGAAGAAUCCGGACGGUUCCAUUAACGUGGACGGACGUCCGAUCUGCAAGAUGUGCUUCCAUAAAGUGUCCAGUCACGGAGGAAACACGACCAACAUGUUCAAGCACCUGGAGGACAAACACGGGCUUAGUCAAUAGCGGACGAGCUGACGGAAACGGAGUUUUAAAAAAAGAAUAAAAAAUCUGGAUGCAUGUAAAUGUUGUGGACGAGAGGAAUAUGUUUUCAGUUAGUGAUUAGUACUGGAGGAUUACACGGUUUGUUAAAGGAGGAUUCGAGAGAAAGGCUUGAUCUCGUGCACAUGCUGAUGUCAUUGUGCCUGGUUUUAAAUCAGUUACCUCAUAUUCACUCUAGAAAAUAAAAAACCUAGUCUAGUUCAAAUCAUGUGUUCUGUAUGGCUCAAGAGGUAGUGUUAAUACUGUGAAUUAAAAAUAAUAAUAAAAAGUCUGUAGUACUGUAGUUCAGUCACGUUUCAGUAAAUCAACGCAUAUGCAGAUUGGUCCGUUCCCUUUUCCUAUCAGUACUUUUAAUCCAAAACUUCCCACCAAUAAUUUCACUGACUAAUAAUUAUUACAAUUAAAACGUUUGGCAACUUUGGACCCCGGUGGAAUUCUGACGUGGAGAUCUGGGACAGCGGCUUAGAUCUGGGACAGCGGCUUAAACCUGGACUUUGAGACAGUGGACAGUAAAGCCGGACAUGUACAGUGUUAGUUAGUUUCCAUUCACGCCAAAAGUCUGACGUUAAAAGUUGAAGUUCCUCCAACAAUGCGUGGCUGGAGACUACGAAAUCUAGCACGAAAUCAUGAUGGAGGACUUGGUUGGUAGGAGAUGCUGAAGAUGUAACAACUUCCUGUUUUUAAAAAUAAAGAAAAGUCCAACCAAGAUCUGGAGGUGUGCAUGAAUAAAUGCAAUGCGAGACAAAUUUCAGUGUCACGUUGCUGUUGUGAGUUAUUUCUCAUGUUUGGUCCUUUCCUUGUCUUUGUCCGUUUUUCUUAACUAAGUUAAAACUAAUGACGUGGAAAUGUGAGAGAAACGAAGACGUUUUCUGCACGUUCUGGGUUGGUACCGUGCCAAACUCGUCUAGAGCAGGGAUUUUCAAACUUCCUGUGUUGACUCUUUUGAAACCGCUCUUUGCUUUCUUCUGGUUUGGUUUUUUUAAUUAUUAUUUAUUUAUCAGUAUGUUUCCA